AUGACUAUCAUGAAACUCAAAUCUAUCAUUCGGUUUCAAGAAGAGGACACAGAAAAUAUACAACAGUUCAUUGACAAAAUAGAUGGCAAAGUUGUACAUCGAUGUGAUUCAAUGAAUCAAAAAGAAUUGCAUUCAUUGAUGCUCAGCUCUCGCGCGUUAAUCAACUGCUCAAUUAGUGAAGGUCAAUCUUUAGCUGUAAUGGAAGCUAUGUCUCUUGGAAUUCCCGUUGUAGUCAGAGAAAAUCCAGGUAACUGUGAUCUUAUCGAAGACAGAAAAAAUGGUUUGGUAUUCAAAACAUCUAAGGAGCUGGGAGAAUGUCUAACCUAUUUAGAAGGAAAUCCUGAAAUAAAAAGACAACUUAUAUCAGCAGGUGAAGAGUUUAUGGGAGGAAGAGAAUUUCAAAGGGGAUAUCAAGCGAAAUUAUAUUCACAUAUAAUACAACCUAUACGUUCUGGUAAAUAA